CAAACAUACCUAUAACAUAACCUGUAAAACUAAAAACAACACAAUACAACUUAAUUUCAGGUGAAAGAAAAAUACAAGAAAGUAACUUAGAUUACUGUAUGUUUCUCUGAAUCUGCGUGGUCACAAAAAGUAAAUUGAUUUCAUAAAAACUAUGGAUUCCCAAUAUGUUUUACGAGAGCACAACAUAUCUAAGGGAACAAAAAAAAUACCAGCAUCCGAGGAUAAACCUCUUCAAAUCAAUAUUGUACGAUAUGAUGACCGUGAACUAGAGUUUGACCUGAUAGGAGUUCACACAUCUCUAGCUAAUGCCUUCAGAAGGAUUCUUCUUUCUGAGGUGCCAAGCAUGGCAAUAGAAAAAGUGCUUAUUUACAACAACACAAGCCUUCUACAAGAUGAAGUUUUAGCCCACAGGCUUGGAUUGAUCCCACUCAAAGCGGAUUGUCGCUUAUUUGAGUAUAAGCCAGAAGUCGAUGCAGAGCCAACUGAUCAAGACACCCUUAAAUUUGAACUGAAAAUCAAAUGUACAAGAAAUGCAAAUUCUGGAAAAGACUCAACUAGAGUGGACGACUUGUACCAAAACCACAAUGUUUAUAGCAAACAUAUCAAGUGGAUCCCCGUUGGCAGCCAGAAUGACUUAUUCAAGAAUGUAGAUGUGGGCCCAGUACAUGACGACAUCCUCAUUGCCAAAAUGCGACCAGGACAUGAAAUAAACCUACAGAUGCUUGCUGUCAAGGGAAUAGGCAAGGAUCAUGCAAAGUUUUCACCAGUAGCUACAGCAUCAUACAGGUUGCUGCCUACGCUGCAGCUGACACAAGAGGUUGAGGGGGAACUUGCUCUCAAGCUGCAGUCUUGCUUCUCUCCAGGAGUCAUCAGUGUAGUAGAGGACCAAAAAGGUAGAAAAUUUGCCAAAGUGGACAAUCCCAGAUAUGAUACUUGUAGCAGAAAUGUUUUUAGAUUUAAUGAUCUCAAAGAUAGCGUGGUCAUGGGAAGAGAGGGAGAUCAUUUCAUUUUUACUGUAGAGUCAGUGGGUGCCUUGAAACCUGAUGAGCUGUUUUUGGAGGCUGUCAAAGUUCUCAAGAACAAAUGUAGAGUGUUAUUACAACAAAUUGAUAAUGUUAUGACUGAGUAAAUAUAAUUCCUUUUUAUUACUGUUGUUAUUCA